GCCUGGCGGUGGCACGUCCAACGGGGUUAGCGUCUCGCGCCACACCUGGGCAGCUGUGGCUCAGCCGCCAAAACCAAAUAACGUCAUUGUUCAUGAGUUUCGCUUCGUGGGAGCUGCCCACUUCCUACGGCCUAGCCAACAAACCUGGUUCUCCUCGCAUACGAUCAAGUUUGGCAUCUCUUGAUCCUACUCUAUGGUUAAUCGAGUUUUCGUCCAUUGAAUUGCCACCUCCUUACCUUGCAGCUCAACAGAGCCCAUCACCCACCUCCACGACAACCAUGGCAACGCGUCGAAGACCCGACAACGACGUUAGCAAUGGCGUCCCUAUCACAGCCGGAAUGCCCAGCGGCACCGUUCGCUCACCAACCUCGUCCGCGCGCCGCUCGCCCUUUCUCCCCACCCGCCUCGAAGCGCAACUCAUCGCCAUCUACCCAUUGACGCUCCUCAUGGGUAGCGUCUUCAGCAUAAUCUCGCCCUCAAACCGCAGUGCGCCCUACUCCGCCGUCCUCCAAUCCCACCCCGCCGAAUUCGCGCCCUCGUACUUUGCGCAAAAGAAGAACAUCUUCAACGUAUACUUUGUCAAGCAAGGAUGGUUCUGGACGACACUAGCCUUCGCCGUCUUCGUCACCUUUCACCCUGGAUUCGGCCAGGGUGCCAGCGCGAGACGCAUCCGAGCGGUGAUGCGAUAUGGCGUCGUGACAACCUGGUGGUGCUUCAUGACGCAGUGGUGCUUUGGGCCGCCGCUGAUUGAUCGCGGGUUUAGGUUCACGGGAGGUCAAUGCGAAAUUAUCAGAGACCCGCAGGCGAGGGAAGAAAUGAGCACCACGAGAGAGUACAUCACUGCUGCGACCUGCAAGGCGGUUGGUGGAACAUGGAAGGGCGGACACGAUAUCUCUGGACAUGUCUUCUUGCUCAUACUUGGCUCGUCACUCCUGUGGCUAGAAUUUCUGCCUGCGUUGACGCGUGUAGAGGGACUGAGAGAUGGAAGGCUCAUCACCUUGCCUGAUGGCAAGGUUGCAAGUGUCGCAGUGGAGAAAGACCUCGUCAAGUCUGAGGGCGAGGCUACUGCGCGUGGCGUUAAGUUCGCGCUUGGUGUCGCCGCGCUGAUGUGGUGGAUGCUCCUCAUGACGGCUGCUUACUUCCACACUUGGUUUGAGAAAUUCACGGGCCUUUUGGUUGCCUUUGCAGCGCUGUGGACUGUGUACUUCCUUCCAAGAGGCGUCCCACAGGUCAGAGCGUGGUUGGGCAUGCCUGGUGUAUGAGAACUCUAGUUAUGAAUCAGGCUAUGGGUGAUGGCUCUUGUCUUGCGGAAGGCAUAACAGAGAUAGAUCCCAAGUCGGGAGUGGAGAUGACACAGAUCGCAAGACGAGUUUAUGAGUUGACGAUUCAAGCGUUUGAGCAAAAGCUUGACGAGCGUUAGUAUAGUUUAAUAGGAUGCAUCACCGCUUUGUCCCACGUACAAUAGCACUGACAGCUGGGCGCUUUAGUCUCGAGCGUGGAGCAUCAUGACUUCAUAGUGCUCAGGUGAUGUGGAAAGAAGGUUCUUUUGACAUUUUCGCCAACAGUACACCUUGUACAAGGAAAAAACCAAACACCUACCUCC